AUGUACUGGGCGGAGACAUUUACGUCUUAUCAAGUGAUCAUUUACGUGUAUAUCGGAUAUAACGUCUGGGAUAUACCUCCUCACCAUCCCGUUAUUCUCGGCGGCAAAUAUACCUACGCGACCGAGGUUAUCUACAAUCCUAUUUUGGCCCUCGUCAAGACCUCCAUCUUACUCUUCUUGCUACGUCUAACCGGCCAGAAAAAGUUGGUGCGCCUAGCUAUCUGGGGGCUGUUGAUUGUUAACGGCAUCGCCGCUAUUAUCACAUUUUUCAUCACAGUUUUUCGAUGCACGCCUAUAGCCGCUAAUUGGGAUUUGGCUUCGUAUCCUAAUGCGAAGUGUCUUGACUUUGCAAACUUUGUUACCGCCACGGGCGCGGUCUCCGUUCUCACAGACGUCCUUGCUUUGAUACUGCCCACAUGGAUCGUAUACCAACUACAGAUGAAGUGGACUAAAAAGUUGAUGUUGAUUGGCAUUACUCGCCUCAUCCUCCUUGACAAAUUUGACCGCCAUAUGCCAAAGAAUUCUACGCACUCGCUCCUCUUCUGCCUAUCCACCAUCGAAGUUGGCCUAUCGUUUCUUGCUGCGUGUGCUCCCUCCUUCAAGCCGCUCGUUACCUGGAUCGUGCCCAGGCUCUUCGGUUCGACUCGCACCGACCUGAAAGCCGGCUCCACCAGCCGUAGGGGUCGGACCUGGUUGAGCUACAACCUGGAGGAAACAUCGAGCUUCACACCUCGUACGCACGACCAGACCAUAACUACCGUUGCAGCUGGACAUGACGGGACUGGCCGCGAUUGCAGGAAAUUCAAAGCCGAUAAUAUUAUCACCAUGACCACACAGAUGGAGGUUACUUGGGGUCGGUCUGAUUGCGAGGAGCGGGAUACUAGUAGUACGGAGAGUCUUGUCCACGGAAUGGGGCGUAGCAGGCCCUCUCAAUGA